UAUCGAUUGACUGAAAACUAGUUCUUCUGUUUUUUUCAAAUAGUACCACAUGCCGCGAAACGUCGGGUUGGUUAAAGGAAACGUGUUUUCACUUUGUUUUGGGAUACUAAUGGAAUUGAAUGAUUAGCCAAACAACCGAGCGAUGAUUUGUGUCAUCUUGGUUCAUUUCGGUGGCCAGCAAGGUCCAUCGGGUGAUAUAGAAUAAUUUACUUUCAGUUUUCUCGAAAGGAAGUUAACGCAGAUUGGACUUUGUGGCUGGAUGUGCAGCGAGUAUGGAGGCCGAAGGUGAUGAAGAGGUUGCAGAUGGCCGAAAUAUUCAGCCAUCUAUCGCCAAUACUUGUCCCUCCGAGUCUAGAGAGGAGGGAUCCAAUGUUGUGGGUCAUGCGGCGGGUCCAGUGUCUCCAGAGAACAUGGAUACGGAUGAAGAUGGUUUGUACAAACACUCAACUACCCUGACCAACAAGCAGCGUGGGAAUGAGAUUACAGUACUGCCAGCAACAUUAGACGCUUUGUCGAUACAUCAGUUGGCGGCACAAGGCGAGGUCUCACAAGUGGCCACACACCUGAGUAAAGACAGUUCGCUGCUGAGCAAACAGGAUGAGCGGGGCUUUACGCCUUUAAUCUGGGCAGCUGCAUUCGGAGAGAAAGCAAUGGUGGAUUUUCUCUUGGAAAAGGGGGCAGACCCUAAAACAAUAGCCAGGGAGAGAGAGAGUGCCCUGACACUAGCCAGCUCUGGAGGUUAUGUGGACAUUGUGGAGACUCUCCUCAGACAUGGAGCAGACAUUGACACUUAUGACUGGAAUGGUGGUACUCCUCUUCUUUAUGCUGUUCGCGGGAACCACAUCAAAUGUGUUGAAACACUUUUAGCCAAAGGGGCAGACAUGACCAUCGAGUCUGACUCUGGGUACAGUCCAAUGGCCUUAGCUGUUGCCCUCGGACACAAAAAGAUCCAGAAAGUGUUGGAGGAUCAUAUUCUGAAACUCUACAAGCAACCAACAUGACACCACUGAUCUCAGAUCUACUUGGUGUGAAGACAGAGUCAUCUGUUGCAGUAACAAGUCAGUCUGAUAAAAGCAGCCCUCAUGCAGAGAUUUA